UAAUCAAACCACUGCUAACAUGGAGGAACAACAGUCAUUUAUAGUAGUGCAAAAUUAUAUUGGUGGAAAAUUUGUUAAUAGUGAACAUUUUAUCGAUUCCUAUAAUCCUUCCACAGGGAAAAUCUACUGCAAAGUACCAGACAGUGGUAAAGACGAGGUUGAUGCAGCAGUUAGAGCUGCUAAAGCUGCAUUUCCAGACUGGUCUUCCAGAAGACCCCAGGACCGAUCUGCAAUAAUGUGCAAGCUGGCUGACCUGAUUGAGAGAAACCUUGAUGGGUUUGCCGAAGCAGAGUCUAAAGACCAAGGAAAAACGGUUACAUUUGCUCGGACAGUGGAUAUCCCACGGUCAGUGUACAAUUUCCGAUUCUUUGCAUCCUCAGUUCUUCAUCAUACCACUGAAUGUACACAGAUGGACCACAUGAACUGCAUGCAUUAUACCGUGCGCACUCCAAUUGGAGUAGCUGGCUUAAUCAGUCCUUGGAAUCUGCCCCUUUAUUUAUUGACCUGGAAGAUUGCACCUGCCAUUGCAUGUGGAAAUACAGUUGUGGCUAAGCCCAGUGAGAUGACCUCAGUCACUGCAUGGAUGAUGUGCAGACUUAUGAAGGAAGCAGGUGUUCCACCAGGUGUAGUAAACCUGGUGUUUGGUACAGGUCCUAGAGCAGGAGAGGCCAUAGUGUGUCAUCCUGAUGUUCCAAUCAUCUCUUUUACUGGUAGCACAGUUACGGCACAGCGCAUUAUUGAAAAAAGUGCCCCAUGCUGCAAAAAAUUGUCUUUGGAGCUUGGAGGCAAGAACCCAGCUCUAAUAUUUGAAGAUGCCAACCUAGAUGAGUGCAUCGACACCACAGUCAAGUCAAGUUUUUCUAAUCAAGGUGAAAUCUGUCUUUGUACAAGUAGAAUUUAUGUUCAGAGGACAAUCUAUGAAGAUUUUCUGAAGAGAUUUGUAGAAGCCACCAAGAAUUGGAGGGUCGGAUCACCCACUGAUCCAACAGCUUGCAUGGGUGCACUGAUUAGUGAAAAUCACCUAGCUAAGGUUAGAAGCUAUGUGAAGAAGGCUCUGGAUGAAGGAGCCACUGUCCUUUGUGGAGAAGGUGUGGAUAUUUUAGAUAUCCCACUGGCUAAUCAAGGUGGAUAUUUCAUGUUGCCUACUGUUAUAACUGGAUUAAAGGAGGAAUCGCCCUGUAUGCAAGAAGAGAUUUUUGGACCAGUGACAUGCGUGGUGCCAUUUGAUACAGAAGAGGAUGCAAUUGUGAAAGCCAAUGGUGUUAAGUAUGGCCUAGCUGCUACUGUGUGGACAAGAGAUGUGGCCCGUGUCCACCGUGUUGCCAAGCGGUUGCAGUCCGGACUAGUGUGGACCAAUUGUUGGCUUAUUAGAGAUCUUAACUUGCCAUUUGGUGGUAUGAAAGCAUCGGGAUUGGGAAGGGAGGGAGCCAAAGAUUCCUAUGAUUUCUUUACAGAAAUUAAGACAGUUACAAUAAAACACUAAUGUCUAAUAGUUUAACAAUGUACUCUUCUGGAAUUAAUAAAGCAUAGAACAAUGUCAAAUUGUGGACUGAGAGCAUUUAUUAUAAAGUGUACUAAAUUUAACAGUUAAUGGAGUGGCUGGACGGAGUACCGGAAUGCGUUGCAUAAUAAUUCUCAUUUUAAUGAUUGCAUUAGAACUGUUGCAUAAGCUUCUCAUCAUCUUGUGUCAACUGAGAUCUUGGCUAAUAAACCGUAUAGUAAUGUGGGGGCGAGAUUAGCAAUUUUUUCUGACAGGAUUCUGUUGGUAAUUAGAUUCUCCGCUGUACUUCAAAAAAAAGUGACUCAGUGGGAUAUAAAAGUUGUCAUGGAUUAAUUUAUCUGUAAGUGUAUAUUUACAACCCAAUAAACAGAUUUCAAAUUGU